AUGUCUCACAAUUAUAAUAGUCAUUAUAAACGUAAUAUUAAAUGCCAAAAUUCAAAACAACAAUCAAAAGAAUUUGAAAUUAUUAUAAUUUCAGAUAAUGAAAAAAUAACUGAAUAUCUAUAUGAAAUUUUAAGUAUUAGUUUUACAAAAGAAGAAAG